CCUGGACAUGCUGUUAAUAUCACUGAUUCUUACAAAGUGGGCCUGCUACCACCUUCAUUUCCAACGCCAGCCAUGAGGAGACGUAUAUCUGUUCCAAUCUGUGCAUUCCUGUCUCUGUCCGACCUUGCCAUCACAACCGUCAUCUUUUCCCACGGAACAGACUUUCGCUAUCACUUCCUAGUUGAGACUUAUGAGUACAACAUCAGCCGUUCCCUGUUCGAUCUCUGGGCACUGACCCUAAUCCGUGUUUCGUUCAUUCUGGGACUGGUCACCGCAAUAAUACGAAAUCCGUCCCCUUCAGUGUCCCGCAGUAAAUAUGUCAGUAAAUACAUCGCAGGGCUGUGUAUAGCGAUGUGUAUGUGGACUGUCAUCCGACUCCUCACCCUCGCGGACAGCAGCAGCAACCUGCACAACCCCUGGAUGUGGGGCAUGCUGGCCUGGGCCUUUGUGGCGGCCAUCUUGUUUUAUAUACAAUGGCGUAUUCUGUGUCAAACAAAAGUCUGUGAUAAACCAAACUUGCUUGGGGACGAUGAAGAGAGAGAGCCAUUGAUUAAUGACUCAAAGACUAAAGAUAAGGAUGAUUCAAAGGAAGAGGACAAAGAGAAAAAUGUUAAAUUAACCAGAAAAAAAGUAUUUCGGUUGUUUUCCUACAUGCGACCUGAUUGGCUCCUGUUAUGCACAGGGUUCACAUUUCUCAUCUUAGCUGCCGUAGCGAAUGUCUUCAUUCCAUACUACACGGGUCUUGUGAUUGAUGGAAUCGCCAUCGAGAAGUCUCGGGAAAAGUUCACCCAUGCCAUCAUCAUCAUGGCCUUAAUUUCAGUCGGCAGUGCCAUAGCAACGGGUGUGAGGGGAGGCUGUCUGUUCCUGGCGCUGCAGAGACUCAACAUCCGCAUCAGGAACAUUCUGUUCUCCUCCAUCAUGACGCAGGAGGUCGGUUUCUUCGACACUGUCAGGACAGGUGACAUCACAUCAAGGCUGACAUCGGACACGACGACCACAAGUGAUGCCAUCACACUCAACGUUAACAUCUUUCUCAGGAGCCUCAUCACAGCAUGUGGGACAGUGUUCUUCAUGAUCAAGCUGUCCUGGAGGAUGAGCCUUGUCACCUUUAUUGGUCUCCCCAUCGUCAUCGGCGUUGCUCAAGUCUACGGUGACUACUAUGAGGUGCUGGCGAAGCAGGUCCAAGACAGCCUGGCUAAGGCCAACGAGAUAGCAGAGGAGGCCUGUUCGUCACUGAGGACGGUCCGCAGUUUCGCCAACGAACGGAGCGAGGUGUCAAGAUAUAAGGUGUCACUGGGGGACACCUACAAGCUGUACAAGAAGGAGGCUAUAGUGUAUGCGGGCUACCUGUGGUCCAACCAGUUGUUUGAGCUGGCUCUCACUGUCGGGGUGCUGUACUAUGGCGGCCAUCUUGUGAUAGCCAACUUGAUCAGUGGUGGCAACCUUGUGUCUUUCAUCCUGUACCAGAUAGAGCUGGGCCAGUGUCUGGAGAGUAUUGGUUCCGUGUAUACUGGCCUGAUGCAGGCUAUCGGGGCCUCUGAGAAAGUGUUCGAGUACAUGGACAGGAAACCAGUGAUCACAAACACAGGAAGCUACGCGCCAGACAAGAUGGAAGGUCAUCUAGAGUUCCGGAAUGUCAGCUUCUCCUACCCAUCCCGCCCUGACUCUCUGGUGUUGAAGAAUGUGUCGUUCAGUGUGCGUCCAGGGGAGGUGGUGGCACUGGUUGGUCCAAGUGGAGGCGGCAAGAGCUCCUGUGUCAACCUACUGGAACACUUCUACGAGACAGUUACUGGGGACGUCCUGCUGGACGACGUGCCGAUACACCAGUAUGACCACAAGUACCUGCACAGAAAGGUAUCCCUGGUGGGCCAGGAACCGGUGCUGUAUGCUCGGAGUAUCCGGGAGAACAUCGGGUAUGGUUUGGACGAUUGCACGAAUCAGGAGGUCGAGCAGGCCGCCAUCAUGGCCAAUGCUCACCAGUUCAUUAUUGAAAUGUCGGACAAAUAUGAUACACAGACUGGAGAGAAGGGGACACAACUCUCAGGGGGACAGAAGCAGAGGAUUGCUAUUGCGCGGGCGCUGAUCCGGAACCCGGUGGUCCUACUGUUGGACGAGGCGACGAGUGCUCUGGACUCGGAGUCAGAACAUGUGGUCCAGCAAGCCCUGUACAGUAACGUGAAAGGCCGGACUGUGUUGAUCAUAGCUCACCGGCUCAGCACAGUUGAGCGAGCUCACCGUAUCGUCGUCAUCAACAAGGGUGCCAUCGUGGAACAAGGAACUCACAUGGAGCUACUCGCCAAUAGAGGCAUGUACGCCAACCUCGUCAAGAGACAGAUGCUUGGUUUUGAUGAGAUGUCUUCUAAAAAUGAUACUCAUUAUCAUUCCCCUCCACGAACUAUGACGUCGCACGUGUCUGUCCAUGCAGGGUCAGUGUCCCCGGACUUCCGAUCGUGUAGCAGCACCCCUCCCCGAGCCUCCUUCCAUGUUGGCUCAACUCUCUGACCCUUGACCUGUGUAGCAGACGCCAGUUUUACUAGUUGAGUUCGGAUCUCAAAGGACCUGUGAAGAGCUUCAGGAAUCAGUGAAGAGGAUGCAGAUGAGCUCAAGGUCGUUUUGGAUACAGAAGGUUCAAGUUAACCUUGUGGAAUUAUAGCCAGGUUUAAGAAAUAUGGGAUCACAGGACCUACUCAGGACCACACGACCCAUUCAGAAGUGGAGAGUUAUUUGUUUUAUUCAAACCUCCUUGCAAUCAGAGUGAGUGAGAGAUUAUGAACUUUUUGUGGCAACAACUUGAAAUCCAGAUGCCAUCUGCCCAUGUAUCCAUCCAUGAAACCAUUUCUGGUGUCCCCUGCCGUGAUAUUGCUGGAAUAUUGCUAAAAGCAGCGCAAAACCAUACUCACUCACUCACUCUAUCCAUGAAGUGUCCCGGUAUUGACUCUCACUGUGGAUUCUGUGGAGGUUCCAAAUGAUUUUAAACUCCUGGUUCUCAGAAUUGCCAUUGUCUUUCAGUUUACCUACAUAUGCAUCAUGAGUACAUGAUAGUUAUAAGCUACUGUUCAGGGAAUGUUACAGCUUCAGGGUUUUACCUUGACCUUCACAGGUAGGGGCCCAGGGGAUCCCAGUAAUAAAUUGUAACGGUUCUGUAAAGUCGUGGCAACUUCCAAACUUUUGGGAAGUUGUAAUCAAUCGGACCGUCAUUCAGGCGAUGUUUCUGACAGAUCACAAUCUGAAAAAUAGUAUCAUGAAAGUGUAUCCCGUGGAUAAGCCGACCCCUUUAUACAGAAUUGUUUUUCUGAUACUCAAAAUUCGGCUUAUACGUGGUCAUAUACGGUAAUAAAAUGGUGUAGUGUACUGUACUGUAAGAUUUGAUAAUUAUUUGAUUACAGGACCUUUAUAUUCCUUGUCAAAAAAUGGGUACAAUUAAUAUUACUUCCUCGGGAUAUUUUUUGUUGAUGCAUCCAUUAUAUACAUUUGUGUGUUCUGGAUGCACAGUUCUGUGCCGUGUAAGACCCUGAAGUUAUAAUUUUCUGUAUUACAUAUUCAGCCCCAGAGUUGUAUGCUGCCUGGUGCCAGGUGUUGCUAUGGUGAUUGUAGAUAAAGACUUUUGUAGAUAUACAACUGAUGAUACACCCUUGUCGAUAUAGAGAUACACUAUAACUGUCGCUAUUGUGUUUGAUAUUUAACAGUGUUCUCAGGUAUAUUCCAUCUGUAUCAGUGCAGCUUGUAGAUAAUCAAUCUGGACCAGACAGUCCAGUGAUUGAUAUUAUGUGUAACAUCCUGCGAUGUGUUUGUGAGCCUUGUCUCACAUGAAGAAUAUGUGUGUCAUGAUAUUUGGAAAGUAACGUUAUGUUGUUAAGAUGUGUCACAAUAUUGCUGAGUGCGGUGUUAAACAACAUGAAACAUGUUGUCUCACAUGAAGAAUAUGUGUGUCAUGAUAUUUGGAAAGUAACGUUAUGUUGUUAGGGUGUGUUUGUGAACCUUGUCUCACAUGAAGAAUAUGUGUGUCAUGAUAUUUGGAAAGUAACGUUAUGUUGUUAAGAUGUGUCACAAUAUUGCUGAGUGCGGUGUUAAACAACAUGAAACAUGUUGUCUCACAUGAAGAAUAUGUGUGUCAUGAUAUUUGGAAAGUAACGUCGUGUUGUUAAGAUGUGUUUGUAAGCCUUGUCUCACAUAAAGAAUAUGUGUGUCAUGAUAUUUGGAAAGUAACGUCGUGUUGUUAAGAUGUGUUUGUAAGCCUUGUCUCACAUAAAGAAUAUGUGUGUCAUGAUAUUUGGAAAGUAACGUCGUGUUGUUAAGAUGUGUUUGUAAGCCUUGUCUCACAUGAAGAAUAUGUGUGUCAUGAUAUUUGGAAAGUAACGUUAUGUUGUUAAGGUGAGUUUGUGAACCUUGUCUCACAUGAAGAAUAUGUGUGUCAUGAUAUUUGGAAAGUAACGUUAUGUUGUUAAGAUGUUUCACAAUAUUGCUGAGUGCGGUGUUAAACAACAUGAAACAUGUUGUCUCACAUGAAGAAUAUGUGUGUCAUGAUAUUUGGGAAGUAACGCCAUGUUGUUAGGGUGUGUUUGUGAGCCUUGUCUCACAUGAAGAAUAUGUGUGUCAUGAUAUUUGGGAAGUAACGCCAUGUUGUUAGGGUGUGUUUGUGAGCCUUGUCUCACAUGAAGAAUAUGUGUGUCAUGAUAUUUGGAAAGUAACGUUAUGUUGUUAAGGUGUGUUUGUGAGCCUUGUCCCACAUGAAGAAUAUGUGUGUCAUGAUAUUUGGAAAGUAUGGCUAUAUUGUUAUUGGAUAUGAAAUAAAUAAAAUCAGAUCUUAGUUCUCACUACUGCUAAACAAAGAUCUGAGGACAUCCCAUUAGGGGUCACGUCAGAACGACCUUUCAUCCGGCCAAUCAGAGCGUCGCU